AUUAUGAGAAGAAAUUUCACCUUGGUGAAUGAGUUCGUUCUUCUUGGACUGACCAGUCACCUGGAAUUACAGAUUCUCCUCUUCCUGCUGUUUCUGGCCAUUUACACGGCCACAGUCGCAGGGAAUCUUGGCAUGAUUGUACUCAUCCAGGUCAAUGCCCGGCUGCACAAACCCAUGUACUUUUUUCUGAGCCACUUAUCCUUUGUGGAUCUGUGUUUCUCUUCCAAUGUGACUCCAAAGAUACUGGAGAUUUUCUUGUCGGAGAAGAAAACUAUUUCUUACCCUGCAUGUCUGGUGCAGUGUUACUUUUUUAUUGCCUUGGUCCACGUGGAGAUCUACAUCCUGGCUGUGAUGGCCUUUGAUCGGUACAUGGCCAUCUGCAACCCUCUGCUUUAUGGCAGCAAGAUGUCCAAGAGUGUGUGCACAUCCCUUAUCACCGGGCCUUAUGUGUAUGGAGCGCUCACUGGCCUCAUGGAAACCAUGUGGACUUACAACCUAGCCUUCUGUGGCCCCAAUGAAAUUAACCACUUCUACUGUGCUGACCCACCACUGAUUAAGCUGGCUUGUUCUGACACUUCCAACAAAGAGCUGUCCAUGUUUGUUGUGGCUGGAUGUAACCUCUCCUUUUCUCUCCUCAUCAUCCUGAUUUCCUACCUUUAUAUUUUUCCCGCUAUCCUGAGGAUUCGUGCCACAGAAGGCAGGCACAAAGCUUUUUCCACCUGUGGCUCCCAUUUGAUAGCUGUCACCAUAUUCUACGCAACUCUUUUCUUCAUGUAUCUUAGACCCCCUUCAAAGGAAUCUGUGGAACAGGGAAAAAUGGUUGCUGUAUUUUAUACAACGGUAAUUCCCAUGUUGAACCCCAUGAUUUAUAGCCUUAGGAAUAAAGAGGUGAAAGAAGCAUUAACCAAAGAGUUGAUAAGAAAAAGAAGAUUUUCUUAA